AUGACGACCUCAGCGUUGCGUCGCCAGGUGAAGAACAUUGUUCACAACUACUCUGAGGCAGAGAUCAAGGUGCGCGAGGCGACGUCCAACGACCCGUGGGGCCCCUCCUCCUCGCUGAUGUCAGAGAUCGCUGACCUCACCUUUAACGUGGUGGCGUUUGCUGAGGUCAUGGGCAUGGUCUGGAAGCGCCUCAACGACCACGGGAAGAACUGGAGACACGUCUACAAGGCCCUGACGCUGCUCGACUACUUGAUCAAGACCGGCUCAGAGAGAGUGGCUCAGCAGUGCCGCGAGAACGCAUUCACCAUACAGACGCUGCGUGACUUCCAGUACAUGGACCGGGAUGGCCGUGACCAGGGGGGCAACGUGAGGGAGAAGGCCCGCCAGCUGGUGUCUCUACUCAGGGACGAGGAACGGCUCAGACAGGAGAGGAGCCAGGCAUUGACGACUAAAGAACGCAUGGCGGCUGGAACGGGGGGAGGAGGAGGAGGGACGGGUACGGCAGCUCUCUACGGGGAAGAGUUCAUCCGCUCCCGGGGCUCGCCCUCCUCCUUUAACUCCUCUUCAUCCUCUCCUCGUGAAGCAUGUGAUCUAGAACAGGCCCGCCCCCAGACCAGCGGAGAGGAGGAGCUACAGUUACAGCUGGCCCUGGCCAUGAGCAGAGAGGAGAGUGAGAAGCUGGCCCCGCCUCCUCCCAUUGCUAUGGAGACAGAUGAUGACACACAGCUACAGAUAGCUCUGAGCCUUAGCAAAGAGGAGCACGAGCAGUGUCUCCAUGGAAACUGUGUUGAUGAUGUCACCAUGCCGCCUCUGCAGGACCAGCGUCGUCUCCAAGGAGACGAGUCGUUUUUACAGAGAGUCCUGGAGGAGAGCAGGAGGGACAGUCACACAGGGACAGGGGAGGUGAGAGACAGAGAGCCCUGGAGGAGAGCAGGAGGGACAGUCACACAGGGACAGGGGAGACAACCAGAUGUUUGUGAUUCUGUUUCUCUCCAGUCCGCCAUGUCCAACCUGGUGGAUAUCUUUGGCCCCUCUGAGGCUCCGCCCCCAGCUGACGACCUCUGGAAUGCCCAGCCUGCUGUGACCUCUGACCCCUGGGACUCUGUGGCAGUCCACUCCAACACUCCUGUGAUUGGUAGUCCCUGGGCGACCCGCCCCUCCUCCAGCAGCCCAACCAAUCCCUGGGCUCCGUCACGCUCUCCCACCUGGGAAGCUCCGCUCACAUCAUCAUCCAGCCCUGUCAAUCACGGCUGGGAGAGCCCGCCCCCUCUUACAGUGGACGGUACUGAUAGGACGGAUCUCUUCUCUGUCAGGGAGGAGGAGGAGUGUAAAGGAGAGGAGGGACCACCUCAACCUGGCAGUCCUACUGGACUAGACCUGUUUGGGGAGCGUGUUCUGUCCCCCGAGGUCAACGGGCGAGGGGGGGGCAGUCCGGAGAUGUUUGACCUGUCCCGUCUCGGCCCCCCCCAGGGCUCCGCGGCCCCCCGGAUGUGUCGCACCCCAGAAGCCUUCCUGGGACCUACGGGGGCGUCGCUCGUCAAUCUGGACGCACUCAUCCCCCCUAAUCCUCCUAGCAGGACCCACAACAACCCCUUCCUCUUAGGUCUGUGUGUUCCCUCUCCCACCAACCCAUUCCACUGUGACCAGCCUCGUCUCACGCUCAACCAGAUGCUCCGUCCCUGUUCCACCUCCCCACUCCCCCCUCACACUCUCCCCUACAGCCCCUCUCUCCCCCUCCCUCUCCCACACCACAUCCAGCCCUCCCCCGGCCUCCUGGACCUCCCCUCUAACCUCCCCCAUCCCCUCCUCCCCCUCUCCCCCGCCCCGGCCCACCGCGUGCCGCCCCAAUCUCACACACACAGCCACAACCCCUUCCUCUGA